AAGUGACCAUGCCUGGGAAGGAGCUGCUGCCGUGGCUGGGGGUGGUGGUGGUGGCUGCUGCCCUGGUGGCUGCUGGAGGGGCACAGCUGGAUGAAGAGAAUGGCCUGAGAAGGCCAGUGUGUGGAGACAUGAGGCAGGUGCAGGCCUGCCCCCUGCUGUACCUGCCUGUCUGUGGGACUGAUGGCAACACCUACGCCAACGAAUGCCAGCUCUGUGUGCAGCAAAUGAGAACCAGGCAAGACAUCCGGAUUUGGAGGGAUGGGGAAUGUCAACAGGUCUGA